AUGCCGGUCGUGGCGCACCAGGGGCCCGUGCACCGCCCCCCCCCUCUUUUCCCGUCGCCUUGCGUGGCGAGCGGGGGGGGGGGGGGGGCGCGCGCGCCUCCUCCUCCUCGGGGGGGGGAAGCUUGGAGGUCCAGGGGGAGGCAGGAGGGGAUCUGCAGCACCAGGUCCCCCACCCUUCUCCUACCUCCCCCUGCUGCGGGUACAGCAGUGGGGGGGGAGGGGAUUUGCCAUCCCCCUGCUGCGGUUGCGGCAGUGGGGGGAGGGGACCUGCAGCACCAGCCCCCCCCCCCCUCCUCUCCGCCAUUUUCUCCUCUCCCUCCCCCUGCUGCGGGUGCAGCAGUGGGGGGGAGGGGAUCUGCCGUCCCCCUGCAGUGGGGGGGAGGGGAUUUGCCAUCCCCCUGCUGCGGUUGCGGCAAUGGGGGGAGGGGACCUGCAGCACCAGCCACACCCCCCCCCUCCUCUCCGCCCCUUUUCUCCUCUCCCUCCCCCUGCUGUGGGUGCAGCAGUGGGGGGGAGGGGAUCUGCCAUCCCCCUGGUGCGGAUGCGGCAGUGGGGGGAGGGGACCUGCAGCACCUGCUGCGCCCUGCUGCCCUCUGCCGCUGA